AUGGCUUUGGGGUUUACCAAGCACGAGGCGCCCGCACAGGUUGCCAGUGACGACGCUGACGAGAAAUCCUGUCCAGCGGCGCAACAGGUGGAGAUCGUCCAUUCUCCAGAGACGAAUCUCGACUACGACGAGGCUGACCAAGAGCCCAUCCUCCACGCCCGGACUUGGAUCGCGCUCGCGGCGAUGGUCAUGCUGAACAUGGUGCAACUUAUUGCGCUGAAUGGCCCACCAGUAUUUCUUGGAACGAUCGCAGGGGAAUUCGGUCAGCAGAAUCUGCAGUCUUGGGUUCCCAAUGCCCUUUCACUCGUCCAAGCGGUCCUUGGACCGGUGAUAUCUUCUGGGUCAGAUCUGUUCCAGGCUCGCAAGACGUUGCUCGUCGGGUCGUCUCUCAUAUCAGUGGUCGGUGCUGCUAUCGUCCCUCGGUCUCGAUCUUUGUAUCAGGUCAUUGCCGGUCAAACAUUGAUUGGAGUUGGGUUCGCGUCGGUCCCACUGGCUUACUGCGUCCCGAGCGAGAUCGUCCCCCGCAAAUGGCGGCCAAUGGUACAAGCUUGUAUGCAGAUUGGCGGCUUUGUAGGGGCCAUGAUCGCACCGGUCAUCCUCGGCGCGUUUUUGCAAACGGACGGCGUAGGAGGAUGGCGGAAUUUCUAUUGGGUACAAAUGGGUCUUUGGGGAUUGACCACCAUUGGCAUUUUCGUCGGCUACCGGCCUCCCAAGCGGCAUACAAGGCUUGAUCAUCUUUCUGCAUGGCAAAAGCUUGGCCGGAUGGACUGGCCGGGUUCUUUCUUGGUCACCGUUGGUCUCACACUGUUCCUGACCGGCUUGAGUCUAGGAGGCGGUCUGUACGCCUGGACGAACGCAAGGGUAUUGUCCACGCUCAUCAUCGGGGGUGUCUUCCUGGUCGCAUUUGGUUUGUACGAGUGGCUCGGUACCAAAACCGGUAUCUUCACCCACGAACUCUUCACGGGACCAAAUGGGGCUGGCCGGACGGCGUGGAUCUCUACCCUUCUCAUGUUUAUCGAAGGAUUUGUCGGCGCCUCCUUCGUCAUCUUCUAUCCAGUCAUGACCGAGUCGCUCUUCACCACCGAUCCCAUGGAGGUGGUGGCCCGUCAGGAAGGUUUUUACGUCGGCUGUUUCCUCGGAAGUGCACUUUUUGGCUAUCUUAGCACCAAGCUGCGCAGCGUGCGGGGGGGGAUUGCUGCAGGAUACCUCUUCUUGACUGGCGGGCUGGUCGGCUUCGCCACGAUCCAACCCGGUGAAUCGGUCAGUGCGAUAGCGUUCGCCGUGCUCACAGGGCUGGGAUUUGGGGUGAUCCUGGCUCUGCUCGUCGCCGCUAUCCAGCUUUGCACGCCGCAUCAUCUCAUCGCGACUUCGACCGCCGUCCUCACGACAACUCGUGCUCUCGCUCUGACAGUCGGUGUCUCGGUGUACACGGCGGUCUUUACCGACUCCAUCGGCAAGAAAUUACCUGCCAUGGUCGCCUCGGCCGCUGCCAAAACCGGGGUCCCCGCAAGCUCAGUCCCCGAGUUUGUACAGGCAUUUCUUCGCAAAGACGGCGAUGCGCUGGGCGAAAUAGCUGGAGUGACGCCGUCAGUCCUCGCCGCCUGCGCCGCUGCGGCGAAGCAAGCAUCGGCCGAUUCCCUGCGCCUAGUCUUCAUCAUUGCGGCCCCGAUAUCAGCAGUCGCCGUGUUGUUGUGCUACUUCCUGGCCGACCUACGCACACUGAUGGAUUAUCGUGUCGAAGCUCCCGUGGAAGAAUUGCAUGCUAAACAACACCAUGGUGAAGACCAUGGUCAUAAAGCGGCAUGA